GGGAGAGGAGAGGAAACUACAGACGGACGGGAACACAAACAGGAACCACAAGGAAGGUUUUUAUUCUCAAAGCUCAGGGUUUAAUCUCCGGAGCUUCUUGUCCGAACCAGCUGUGCAGAUUUCUUUUUCACGGCCCGAAGCGUUAUAUUUUUUUCUUCUGCCUCUCUGCGUGGAGAUACUUCCUCCUGUGCUCCUGGACCCUCUGAAAGCAGCAAACUGAAAAAAUUAAACUGUUAAGACGCUGCUCCCUCGCAUGCACUCGCAAGGGGGAGAGAGGGAGAGAGGAGCUCGCAGGGAGGGACCGGCUGCUUUCCUCGGGGGGGAGACCAGAGCGCUGCGGGUCGGAGCUCCGGGAAGAAGAAGAAGAGGAAGAGGAGUGGGAAGAGGAGGAGGAGGAGGAGGAGGAGGGAGCGCCACGCUGAGGGGGAGCAUCCUCCCAGCCUUACAAACACACACACACACACACGCACACACACACACACACACACACACACCCUUAGACAACAAAGCUCCUGUGAUCUCAUGAAAUACUGUCGCUGGAUACCAGAGAGCGGUUAACCAUACCGUAAAAUAACAUUUACAAUCCAUCACUGGGUUCAAUAGACAAAGUAUAAGUUAACACACACACACACACACACACACACACACACAGACGGACACCCGGGACGCCGCAGAAUGGAUCUCCCACCAAUCAGAGGUUUAUCUGAUGUGCCGUGAGCGUUGGGAGCACCUUGCCCCAACCCCUGCCCCCCCACCCCCCACCCCCCCUGGUGCUACCCAGCCUGGCUCAUCAGGAUGGACCCCGCUCAUUCCUUCAGGAUGGAGCUGGACGGGCUGGACCCCCAGCAGGUACUGUCGCUCGACCAGAUACGUGCCACCCGGGCCAACAAUGACUACGUGGAGAGGCCCGUGGCGCUGGAACCGGCGUCUCUGUCCGGGUUUUUUUAUGCCCACGAAGACCGCUACCCUCAUGGAGUACACGCCCACUACCCACAGCCGUCCUUCCACUCGGCCCUGCCCCGCAGCCACAGUCAGCAGCAGCACGCUCACCUGUCCCACCUGAGCCGCUCCAGCACCAUGAGCUCCUCCAUGUCCCGGACCAGCGCCACCUCGGACCAGCGGCUGCUGGCGGGUUUGACGCCCUCGCGUUCCGACCUGGGUUCGGCGGUCCGCUCUCAGCCCAAAGGAGAGCUCAAGCCCGACGCCCCCCUCGGCAAGGGCCUGGCGGAGGACGAGGCCGAGCCGGGCCGCCACCUGUUCAUCUGCGAGCGGUGCGGGCGCUGCAAGUGCCGGGAGUGCUGCGCCCCCCGCCGCCUGCCUUCCUGCUGGGCCUGCGGGCAGCGCUGCCUGUGCUCCGCCGAGAGCGCCGUGGAGUACGGAACCUGCCUGUGCUGCGUCAAAGGCCUGUUCUACCACUGCUCCGCCCAGGACGACGAGGACAACUGCGCCGACCGGCCGUGCUCCUGCGGCCCGGCCCACGCCUUCGCCCGCUGGGGCACCAUGGGCCUGCUGGCGCUCUGCCUGCCCUGCCUCUGCUGCUACCCCCCCGCCAGGCUGUGCCUCGCUCUGUGCCAGUGCGCCCACGACCGCUCCACGCGCCCCGGCUGCAGGUGCAGCAACACCAACACCGUUUGCCGCAAGAUCUCCGCCUCCAACCCUAACCCCGGGCGACCGCCGCUCCACAGCAAGGCCCCGGAGAAGCCCUUAUGACAGGCCUGGAAACGCCAAAGCAACGUAGUCGCCAAAGCAACGCAGUCGCCAAAGCAACGGGGUCGCCAGUCGACCCGUGCCACAGCUGACAUUUGGACGACAAUGCCAACUGGUCCCACCCACCUACAUACGACAAGCCAACCAACCAACCAACCAACCAACUGUGUUGUUCACCUUGAACUUACUUCAUCUCCAGCUCAGGAGGGACCAAAGCUUCACUGUGCCUGUUCACGUGGGAGACUUCAAGCCUAAGAACUCAAGCUGAAGAAGAAGAGCCUGUUGUGAUUCGCCCGAACUGCCCUUUGACCUUAAACCGAGACUUAACCGGAGAGAAAACACCUCUCUCUGCAUUCUGCGGCGUGUAGUCUGGACGCGUCGAAUCCAUUUAUUUAUUGAUGAACCUCCUCCCUCCCCACCUUCGGCAGGGAAGCGCACGGGCGGGGGGCGAUGGGGACGGAGAGUCGCCCCGUGGCCAUGUGAUGUGGCCCGUGCCAACACAUGAUCUGUCCUCUAGAAGACAGAAUCAGAAGAUGCAUGAGAGAUCGAGGGCCGCGACCCGUGACGUUCUGAAAACUCCUCGAAAGGUUAUCCAUUAAUGAACGAAUUAAACAUUUUAAAAAAAAGCCUUGUGCCGCAGUGCAUAUUUGACUGUGAGUCUUUUAACAAAAGCACCGAGGCAUUAAAGUGAGAACAAAGACACAUCUGUAACUGUUUGACACCAAACCAAGGGACCAUGCACUGUAUGAACUGAGUGAAUUUCAAUGCUAUUAAGCUAAUUUGUAAAGCAAAAGCACUGUGAGGUGGAUGGACGAUGUUUACCCCAGAAGCCCAGAGCUGAAGGGAGGAUUAUUUAACCGGAGGGAGGGUGCAUCCAUUGUCACCAGGCAGCGUGUGUGUUUGUGUGUAUGUGUGUGUGUGUGUCCUCCACUGUACAACAACCUGUGCAUGUAGAAGCUUUGCGUAUGUGUUUUUUUCCUUUUCUCGACAGAAGAAGCCUCCCUUGUCUUAUUUUUAGCAGCGCUGCUUCAGUGGAGCUUUGAGGGUCUGGUUUCCUCCCGAAGUCAGUCUGUCG